AUGGACAAUUCUGUAAUUUAACAAAGCCCAAUUUCCAUUGCCGAUCAAAACUCAGGGCGCCUCGUCCUCCAUGGCUUUGUACGAACCUUCGAUUUGGAGCUCCAACUUCUUCUCGUCACGGAUAUCCAAUUCCAAUCCCUAAAUCACUCAAUCUCCAGUUCUCGCUCACUAUUGAGCAUCAUUUUAACUAUUCGAGGUGCAUUGCCCUUUGCCAUCCAACAAAGGCUCAAAUUGGGCUUUAUGUGCAGCAAUUAUCUAAUUUUGUCAUGCAUUGUUAUAUUUAUUGGGUUUUCAAUACAGAGGAUGUAAGGAAACCAAUGCAAUGGCAACAUCUAGUAAGUUCGAUUUAUCUUCUGAUAGCCCAAAUAGGUCGUUAUACACCAGUGGGCAGCGUGGUGGAUCCCACUUAACUGCUCAGUUGGACAGAUCAGGUAGUUUUCGUGAGAGCAUGGAGAACCCCAUACUAUCUUCUCUACCAAACAUGACACGAAGCAGUUCCAUGGUAGCACAAGGAGAUGUGGUGAAUUUCUUUCAGUGUUUGCGUUUUGAUCCAAAGGUGGUGGCUGCUGACCAUAAGUCUAAUCUUCAUGGGGACUUUAAACGACACUUGAAUGUUGCUCUUGGUGUGUCUGUGGAUGAUUCUCCAUCGGGUCUUUCGAAAGGCAAAGUCCCUGCUCCUGAGGAAAUCAAGCGGGUCAAGGCUGGUCUGCGCGAAAGCUGUGUCAAGGCCAGGUUACGGACGAAGACUUUCAAUGAAGCGUUGUCUGUAUUCAACAAGUUUUUCCCCAGUAUUCCAUCAAAGAAGAGAUCAAGAUCAGAAAGCUUUUCUAGCGAUCGGUCAAAUUCCUUGUUAUCAAAUGAUCGAUCAGUCCUGGGCCCAAGCUUUGGUAAGAUGGGGGUUCAUAAUCAUGCUGUUAGUGGUGGUGGUUUUGAACUUGAACCGCAAAAGUCGGAGGAGAGAACAAAAAAUGUUGUGCCAAACAAACGGACACGAACUUCUUUGGUGGAUGUGAGGGGCAAUUCUCUUGUCAGGCCAGCUGGUACAGUAGAUAGAGAUAGAGAAAUGCUAAGGCUUGCAAAUACUGCUGCAGUUCAAGGUGACGAUCGAACUUUAUCCAUUGGUGUUGAUGGUUGGGAAAAGACAAAAAUGAAGAAGAAGCGCUCUGUGAUAAAGGCAGAUGUUUCUCCAAGUCUAGUGUCAACUAAAUCCACUGAUGGCUAUCGUGAGUCCAAACAGGGAAUGCAGCAACGGCCUGUUACUGAGGCUCGAUCAAGGCUAAAUGGCGACUCGCAUGGGUUCAGGCCAGGAGUUGCUGCUAGUACUGUGAGCAUUGGAAAAUCAGACGGUAACUCACAAACAGGCUUGAGUAUGCGGUCAUCCAUCCCUAGGGCUGAUCUCGACAAUAGUUCUCUUCUCAAUGACAGAAGAGAACGUUCUAUUGGUUCAGAUAAGGAGAGGGUGAAUAUCAGAGCUGUUAAUAAAGCAACUGUUCGUGAUGAUUUUAAUUCAGCUAGUCCUACUUCAAGCACAAAAAUGAAUGCAUCCAUCCGAGCUCCAUGGUCAGGUUCAGGCGUUGCCCCCAAGUUGUCACCAGUAGUCCAUAGAGCUACUGCUCCGAAUGAUUGGGAGCUUUCACAUUGCACUAACAAGCCACCUACUGUUGGAACUGGCAACCGUAAACGCACAGCAUCAGCUCGAUCUUCAUCUCCACCUGUUGCCCAUUGGGCAGGCCAGAGGCCACAGAAGAGUUCUCGUACUGCUAGAAGAACAAAUUUGAUUCCAAUUGUUUCAAAUAAUGAUGAAAGUCCUGCUUUGGAUACUGUGUCUGAUGUUUCCGGUAAUGAACUUGGAUUGGGAUUUACUAAGCGUUUGAUUGGAAAUUCUCCUCAGCAAGUAAAGUUGAAAAAUGAACCUGUUUCUUCUGCUGCAUUAUCUGAAAGUGAGGAAUCUGGGGCUCCUGAAAUUAAAUCUAAAGACAAGGGUAAAAGGUCUGAUGAGAUCGAUGAGAAAGCUGGACAUAAUGUUCAAAAAGUUUCAAUUUUGGGCUUCUCUUCAAGAAAGAAUAAGCCUGUUAAUGGGGAAGACCUUGGAGAUGGAGUAAGGAGGCAAGGGAGGACUGGGCGGGGUUUUACAACAAGGACUCGUUUGCCAAUUUCGGUAGAGAAGGUUGGCAAUGUUGGAACAGCAAAACAGCUUAGAAGUGCCAGACUUAAUUUUGAUAAAAAUGAAAGCAAGACAGGUCGUCCGCCAACUAGAAAACUUUCUGGCCGCAAGGCAUAUAAACGUCAAAAGCAUACAACAGUUAAUGCAGCAGCGGAUUUUCUUGUUGGCUCAGAUGAUGGGCAUGAAGAGCUAUUGGCUGCUGCAAGUGCUGUGAUUAACCCUGCUCAUGCAUGUCCCAACUCAUUUUGGAGGCAAAUGGAGCCAUUCUUUGGCUUUAUAUCUGAUGCAGACAUUGCUCACUUGAAGAAACAGGGAAAUAUUGAAUCUACUGCAGCAUCACCUACUAGAGUUUCAUCUGAUGUAAAUAACUGCAAUAGUGUCCCUAAUGGAUAUGGGUUGUUUGAAUGUGUGGGAGAAGUGGGACUUUCUACUGAAUCAAGGAUUUGUGAACUGUCAGUAUCUGGAGCAAGAGAGAUUCCCCUUUGUCAAAGACUCUUAGCAGCUAUAAUUCCAGAGGAAGAUUGUGCCCAUAGAAAUAGGGAUUUUGAAUGUGAUACAUAUGAAACUGGAUUUGAGCUGGACGGGGAGUUGGGAUCAAAUGGCUUGAGUCAUGCAGAUAACUUCAAUUUUUCUGGACACACUGCAUUUAAUAGUUAUGAAGUGACUGGGAAGACAACACACAAUGUGGCAGAGGUGGAUCCAUUGGGCUUCCCAACCCUAGGCAUUUAUUCAAACUUGAAUCAUUCUGUAAAUGGUGUUCAUUCUGACCGGGCAUUGGUUCCUGGCAUGGUCUGUUCAGAAUUUCAGUAUGAUGAUAGGCAGAUAAAUGAAAAUCUCCUUCUGGAGGUUCAAAGUCUUGGAGUUUUUCCAGAAACAAUGCCUGAUUUGCAGAUGGAGGAUGAUGGAAUCAGUGCUGAGAUUAUCAGCUUAGAGGACAAGUACCAUGGACAGGUUUCAAAGAAGAAAGGUUUGUUAGAUAAACUGUUGAAAUCUGCCACAGGAACAAAAGAACUUCAGGAAAAGGAAUUUGAACCGCGAGCUCAUGACAAACUAGUUACAAUGGCUUAUGAAAAGUAUAUGGCUUGCCGGGGUUCUAGUACCACUGGUGGGAAAAGUUCCAGUAACAAAAUGGCUAAGCAGGCUGCAUUAGCGUUUGUCAAAAGGACAUUAGAACGGUGUCACAAAUUUGAAGAGACAGGCAAAAGCUGCUUUAGUGAACCACUAUUUAGGGAUAUGUUUCUUUCUAGGUCUUCCAACCUGAGUGAUGGAAGAUCAUUGGGUACUACAGUGGAUGAGGAAUCUGGAAAACUGCAUGCCAAUACCUCAAGCCGCACUUUAGAAGCUAGAGUUUCAGCUUCUAUGGUUCCACAGCCAAGUCCUCAAACUUCUCGGUUGAGUCAGAAUGGAGAUUUUUAUGUUGCUAAUUCAUCUGAUUUGCUUCCACCUGUAAAUCGCUUUUCUGAACAAUCUACUGCUAAAGAAGACUUAUGGUCAAACAAGGUGAAGAAGCGGGAAUUGUCUCUUGAUGAUGUUGGAGGUACCAUAGGUACGCCAAGUGCUCCCUCAGGAAUUGGAGGGUCUCUAGUAUCAAGCAGUGCAAAAGGAAAGAGGAGUGAGAGAGAUAGGGAUGCCAAAGGGCACAACAAAGAGGUUUUAUCUAGAAAUGGAACAAAUAAAAUUGGUCGGCCAGCAUUAUCCAAUGUUAAGGGGGAAAGGAAAUCUAAAACAAAACCUAAGCAGAAAACUCAGUUGUCUGUUUCUGUAAAUGGCCUUCUUGGCAAGAUAUCAGAGCAACCUAAACCGGGUUUACCUGCAAAUGCAAAGUCUACUGAAAUCAUUACUAGUAGCAACAGAAGAGAAAAGGAUGGUUUUGGCUUAGAUGUAUUGGAUGAUCCUGAGUCCAUUGAUUUGUCCAACCUGCAGCUACCAGGAUUGGAUGAUGGCCAAGGGCAGGAUCUGGGAUCUUGGUUGAACAUUGAUGAUGAUGAUGGAUUACAAGAUCAUGGUGACUUCAUGGGCCUUGAAAUUCCAAUGGAUGACCUUUCAGACUUAAACAUGAUGGUUUGAAAAUCUUUCUCUGUAUAGUCUUGUUCAUUAUACUAUUGACACAGAAAUAUAGUCACUGUUGUCAAGAAAUGACCAGUUACAUGGAUGGUUAUUUGGCUGCGGGUCCACAAUUAGGUUAUAUAGAUUCUUUGGUAGACUUCCAAGAUUUUCAAGUGAACCUUCGGAUGUUUGAAUUUUGUUCCUGUGUUGGUAACUUCGACUGUAAAUUUCUUUUGUUCAAGGUAUAAUUUAGCAUGUCACAAGUUAGUAUGUCGUAGCAUUUACAACCCAGCAAACACUGUAUCCUGGCUGUAGCUUUUACAAUGAGAAAACAAUGCCUCUUGUACAUACAUUUUAUAUUUCUAAUAAAAUCCUCUUUUGAUUCAGUUUA